AUGGCCACUCUCCACUAUCUCCCUCCUGUUAAGCCCUCGGCCAUCGCGGCCGGCGCCGCCUUCACCCACACUGCUUCUCUGGGAAUCCUUGCCCCAGUCUUCGGAGACACAUACCACCGCGCUCAGGCCGCGAACUCGAAGGAGGACUUCAUCAAGUCUAAGGAGGCCGCCGGCGCUGCGGCGGCCUGGGGUAGCUCUUUGGUUGGAAGCGCUGUGCAGACCUAUGGAGUUGCCGCCUUGAUCAACGCAACAGGCACCCUCAGUUACAAGGGUGCUGCCUACCUCGGAAGCUUGAUCUUUUUUGCCAGUUCCGCCCCUAGUUUCCUCAGCCAGAUCUUUACCGAGAAGAGGCCCCUUGAUACGGUUGCCGUCGGCGCUGUCGCAAGGGUAUUUGAAACGGUUGGGUUGAGCUUGUUUCUAACCUGGUGGGGUACUCGCACGAAUCCUUUUGAUUAA